AUGUCAGACGAGUUGAAGCAAUAUAAUUUUGAAAAUUAUAAAGGAAAUGUCACCAUUGAUUCAAAUCAUAGUCUUGAAUAUGUAAAAAGACGGUGCAUUAAUGCAGAUGAGAUCGUAUUCACUGUCCAUAUUACCAACCAUGUUUUGAAAAGUGGGCAGGAUUUCAAAGAGACAGGGAUCUGCUUUACCUUCACAGACUUAUUGAAUCAUUUUCUUGGAGAAAACUACGCAAUCCUAAUAAAGCAAGACUGCAAACGGAUCGAAGAUCAUCUGCGAAGACUUACUUCUUCCGCCAAAACUAAUAUCAGGUGGAAAAUAGGUUCUGCUUCAGUGAAGUUCGGGAAAGCCAUCAAACGCAUUGCAAUACGUUCUGACGAACUUCAAAGUGCCGCUGAAAUUGAGCAUGAGCUUUUGAAAGUGAAGGAUGAGAAACGUGUUUUAGAAGAGACAAAUACGAGACAUCAUGAACGCUGCGAUGAACUUUAUCAAAGUUUGUUGGAAGCUGAGGAACUUAGGAGGGCAAGCGAUGAGAAAUUAACAGCGGCUUAUUCUGACAUUGAAAAGCUAAAGAAAGAGAAUGCCCAUUUGUAG